CAUAGCUCACGCCUAUGCCACCCUCAAUGCUGUUUAUCUUUUUUCCACGAGCAUGGGUCAGCGAGAACGUCAAAUUCAGGAAAAUCCCUCCGAACUUUUCACAAUCGCGACAAAUUCCAUGUUCGCAUUCGCAUUUGUAAUCUAUAUCCACAUUACUUGGUUCAAACGGGAUGGAUUAGCCAAUCUGUACAACGUGUGUCAUAAUAAUGACCACUUUCGCGUGCCGAAAAGGACGAAGGCGAAUUCAGUAGUUUAUAAGGAAACAGCCCUUGUCCUCAUUGGCACCCUAAUUAUGGCCUACCUCGCAAUCUUUGGCGUCACUGGGGAUCAGUAUGUCGUAGUUCUAGACCAAUUCGCACAAGCCAUUGAGGACGCAAUUUUUGGAACUGAAGCCCAAGUCAACAAAUUCAUAUCGGGCUUAAUUUACUUCUCUGUAGCAAUUCAGUUUUGCUACAUGUCCAUAUUUUCGCACUUUGUGGUCAUCAUAUUUCCCGACAUGGCGUGCCUUGCGAUCUUUGAUAUUGGGAAGAAUUGUGCCAAGUUUUUAAAAGAGAAUCCUGACUUGGAAUUUCAUCAGAUACGAACGUACAUAAGAAACGUUCAAAGCCUCGUAUCCAACAUUAAUUCCAUCGUCCAAUUUCAAAUCCUUCUUUUUGUCAGCAACGCUGGAGUAAAUUUGACGAUCGCCCUGCUCGAUGUGCUUGAUCCGGUCGACACCCAAAUUAGAAUUUCGUCCUCUGUUUAUUCGACGGCUUUUAUCGUUAUGAUUUUACUGACAGCUAAUAGUGCGUCGCAGAUGGAGAAGUUGUCAGAUUAUAUUUACGACAGGAGAGACCGUCCAGGUUAUCGAGAAAAUGCGGACGUGCUCGUUCUCCUAUCGGACCUUGAAACGAACCCGAUUGCAUUGAAAUCAUUCAAAUUUCCGGUGACGUAUGGAUUCAUCGUGACGGUGAAAUUGUUUUUCAUGAAAUUGGAGUUAAAUUUCUGUGAAUUUUAUAUAUGUAUGUGCGUAUUUUGUUUUCAAGGUGCUUUCAACAUCUCUGACAUAUUCCGUUAUCCUGCUCCAGUUUAGAGUCUCGACAAAUAGUGGUCAAUCUUAAUUAA